UGCAUUCGCACCGUCCCAAGACCGACAGAGGAAAACCAUCGAAAGCUUCUUUGAUAGCGCAAACCAUUCGCUCUCGCGCACUACUGUGCUAACGAAAAGAUUCUUCAGCAGCUUAUCGCCAGCCCGCCGACGAUGUCGCUGAUCCGCCGUGGCGACGUGUUCGACCCCUUCUCCCUCGACCUCUGGGACCCCUUCGACGGCUUCCCCUUCGGCUCCGGCAGCGGCAGCAUCUUCCCGCGCACAACCAGCUCCGACACCGCGUCGUUCGCCGGCACGCGCAUCGACUGGAAGGAGACUCCCGAGGCGCACGUGUUCAAGGCGGACGUGCCGGGGCUGAGGAAGGAGGAGGUGAAGGUGGAGGUGGACGACGGCAACGUGCUGCAGAUCAGCGGCGAGCGGAACAAGGAGCAGGAGGAGAAGACCGACACCUGGCACCGCGUGGAGCGCAGCAGCGGCAAGUUCCUGCGCAGGUUCAGGCUCCCGGACAACGUGAAGGCCGAGGAGAUCAAGGCGGCCAUGGAGAACGGCGUGCUCACCGUCACCGUGCCCAAGGCGGAGGCCAAGAAGCCCGAGGUCAAGCCCGUCCAGAUCACCGGCUAGAUAGAGCCUUGGGCCGUCGGGCGUAGCUGCUUCUGCUCAGAAUAGUGCCUCUGGUGGUGAGAGUCCCAAUAAAACAAGCUUGGAUAUGUGGGUGUUGGGUUUGAGUCUCGUACCUCGUAGUGUUGCGUCGAAUGCUGGGUUCUUCAGUUUGGUGUACCGUAGUUGAUGGUUUGUGUGUGAGCGGUGCGCGCAGUAUGAGUGUCGUGUUUGCGCAUGGCUCGAAAGUGUAGUGUUUGUUGUAUUUGAGCAGAGCCAGAGGAGCAGCAUUCUCUA